AUGGUACUUAGGCGAUUGAUGGAAACAACGAUGAUUGACAAUCACAGCUCCAUUACUACAUCUGAUUCGAAUGACAUGAAUAUGUCCGCAAACCAAAACCACCUUCAGUCGGCUGAUUCAAUUGAAAUUGAAAAAAAAGGUGACAUCAAGCAAGAGCCAGUGUCCGUGGGCGAAGUGGUUGAAGUUUCGGCACCGACUUAUUGCAAUGUGCGACAUGUUCCUGGCUUCAAUAAGCGUGAAACUGAAUAUGAUUUCGAUCACUUGGAUGAGAUCGAUGCUAAGGUCGAGGUGAAGAAAGAAUGUGACGAAAAGAAAAGAGAACCAACAACAAAUGCUGACUCCAAAGAAGAAGCUACGGGCAGCCAGCAAAAUCAGCAGCAACCACUGCCACACAGUGAAGGCGAUUUUAUUGUCCCAGAAAGUGAUGCCAGUGGACGCGAUACACAGAAACGAGGUGAGAAUGCUUAUGUAAAUCAAACGAAGAAACAUAAAUGCCACAUUUGCGUCUAUUCAACGCGAUGGAAAGGUGAUUUAAAUAAGCACAUGCUGAAACACACUGGCGAUAGACCACAUGGAUGCGAUUUCUGCCCGAAACGUUUUACAAGCAAACAAAGUCUCCAUGCCCACAUGAAAGCUCACAUCGAAGAGUUUCUGUUCCAUUGCCCGGGCUGUUUGCAAAGAUUCGAUGGAAAAAACGAAAAGGAAGCACACGAAGUCAAGUGUAAGACUCGUCGCUACGAAUGUCAUUUGUGCAAGGAAUCGUUCGGAUCAAUGAAGGGGAAUAUGAUAAAGCACAUGCGUGUGCACAGCGGUGACAAACCAUUCCAAUGCAACGAAUGCUUCAAGCAAUUUAGACAGAAAUCUGCUCUUAUGAAGCACAUGAAACUUCAUGGUGGUCCAC